AUGUUCGACGACACAGAGAUGCCUCCACCAACGCCCACAAUACAGUCUGCAUCUGUAUCAACCCACACGGCUUCUGCGCCCGUCCCCAUCGCUGCGUCGUCGUCACCGUCGUUGUCCCACUCGUCGCACCGACCCCAUGGUCUCGCACCGGGGGAUCACCUCAACUUCUCCUUCUCGCCCAGUUCGCCACCUCAACUCACGUCCUUCCUGGCCGGGUCGACGUCGCAUUUUGGACUAGUCGACGAUAUGAACACCUCGACAGUGUCCCCUUCAUUAUUUUCGGCCGAUGCGUCGACCUCGACCGCGACAAUCGCCCAGUCCAUCGCCCACAAUCUCGGGCCACCUUCGCCGCCGAGAGGCGACAGUCCCGGGCCGAUAGCCAUGGACGAGGAUUCCGCCUCUACAACUCUGGGUUCCACUCUGUCGAAUCAACCCCUGUCCUCAUCGGCGCAGUCUCAGCAUUCGUCAGCUCAGCUGGCGCACCACUCGACCGUGCCGGCGGUCGGCUCGGCGGUCAAUCGCUCCAGCUCGACCUCGCAUUCGAGGACCAGUAUGGUUAACCACGAGGAUGCUCUGCGACGGGGUCCGCCCGCGGCCGAUACUCCCGGAGGUGAUUGCAAGAGUCUAUGUCUGAGGCAUCAGAGGAUGGCCAAUGGAGGUACCAACUUGAUGUUGCAAAAGGUGCGCACGCUCGAGCUGUUUCCCGUUUCCCCCUGCCCGGUCCUCAUCACUAAGCAGCGGUGGCGCUCUCUCCCUCUCGGUUUCCUGCCCUUGCUCCCUUCUCUCCUCCCGCAAUUUUCACCAACAGUCGAUCGAAAAUCUACCCCCGCAUGAUCAGAAUGCCGUCAACACGAUCUGGAGUCUGUUCUCGUCAUCGCCCUCGAAACGGCGACUGCUCAUCCUGCGGGGUCUCCUGACCAUUGCCUGUCCGUCGCAACUGUCGUUUCUUCAAGAUGCGCUCACUCUCGAGAUGCGGCUGGACCCGAUCGAACUACUACCCCGCGAAGUAUCCCUCAAGGUUUUUUCGUACCUCGACGCCAUCUCGUUGGGUCGCGCCGCUCAAGUCAGCAAGACAUGGAAGCAUCUCGCUGACGACGAUCUGCUGUGGCGCAACAUGUGCGAGCAACACAUCGAGCGCAAGUGCGAAAAGUGCGGUUGGGGUUUGCCGCUGCUCGGCGAAAGAAGAAGGAAGGCGCGGACCAUGAUCAAUGCCUUGCCAGCACAUCUCGUUCAGGAGCGAGGCGAGACGAGGCGAACCGCAGCGGCGAACCCCGACUCGCCGUCGGACAGCGAAGUUGACGCCUCGAUCAUUGCCGCCCACGCUCAGACCCACCAUAAUGGACCUGAAGAAUUGUCGACCCCUUCCACAUCGACGUCGGAGAUGGUCAUCGACGUUGUCGACUCGCAUCGAGCCAAGCGAGCCAAGACACAAUCGCCUGGCCCAUCGCGCGCCGCAUCCCCGCGUCCUACCCCGACUUCACCCCGAAGUGGUGCUAAGGCACCGCAACGACCUGGGGCAUUGUCUGCGAGCUUGACAUCGGUCUCUGCGCCCGUCGUUCCAUCGACACGACCAUGGAAGCUUGUCUACUGCGAACGACUCGCGAUCGAGCGCAACUGGCGUCGCGGCCAGUUCGUCUCGACCGUUCUCUCUGGGCACACCGACGCCAUCACUUGCUUACAGGUCGCCGAGGAUCUUCCUCACCCUUCGUUCCCCGUUCUUAUGACCGGUUCGUGGGAUCGAAGCGUGCGGAUUUGGAACCUCGAGACCGGUAGUCAGGUUGGGGUGCUGCGUGGGCAUUUGCGAGGCGUGCGAGCGUUGCAGUUUGAUGCGCUCAAGCUCGUCACGGGAAGUAUGGACGAGACGCUCAAGAUCUGGAACUGGCGUACGGGUGAAUGUAUGCGCACGCUCAGGGGGCAUCGUGGUGCCGUCAUCUGCCUGACAUAUGACAAGCAAUUGCUCGUUUCGGGUUCCGGCGACACGACGAUCCGAGUCUGGGAUUUUGGAACGGGCGAGGUACAAACGCUGCGAGGACAUACCGAAUGGGUCAACUCGGUUGCGCUGUACGACUCGAACGCCGAAUGCGGCACCGGCGGAUCUGCGACACCCAGCGCCGACGGCGAGCUUGGAGGCGGCCCGACGACGAACCCCGAGGCUGCCCGAGCGAGCAGCAAGGGCAAGUAUCUCAUUUCCGGCAGUGACGACAUGACAAUCCGCGUCUGGGAUCUGUACACCCGACAAUGUGUGCGCGUCUUGACGGGUCACGUGGCGCAGGUGCAAAGCAUCAAGAUCACCGUUUCGGAUGAGCAACGCACCCCUGGCUUCCCGGCUUCGAGCUUGAACCCCAAGAACAAGCACCGCAACAGCGACAACAAAGUCGAGGCAAGAGGUCGCAUGAUGCUCAAUGGUCCCUCGGUAUCGGCGCAACGAGAUGACGCCGGCUCUUCCUUCACGAGUUCGACGGCCUCAACUUCGUCGUGCAGCUCCAACCGUGAGACGAACGGGCCAGCUUUAAUGAACGCAGCGACCUGGCAGCAGCAACAGCAACAACCGUCCCAAAGGAAUCAUCGAGUCGCAGGCCUGUCGCCGAACCCGCAGGUCAAGCUCGACCCGCUCGAGUUGGCCAACGACAAGAAGCCCCUGAUCGUUUCGGCUUCACUCGACAACACGAUCAAGGUGUGGGAUGUUGAGUCGGGUCUCUGUCAACGGACGAUGUUUGGACACAUCGAAGGAGUCUGGGACGUCGACGUGGACAAGUUGAGGAUCGUUUCGGGCAGCCACGACCGAACGCUCAAGAUCUGGGAUCGCGAUACGGGAAAGAGUCUGCACACCUUGGUCGGCCACACGAGUGCCGUGACGGCUGUCGUCUUGCAAGAUCAAUACGUCAUCACCGGUGGCGACGAUAGUCAGGUUCGCAUUUGGAACUUUGCCCGGUCGAAGGCCGAGUGA